AGACACUCUAACAACUAAUCAGAUCAUUGGCCAAGGCAGAAACAUAACCCAAGAAAUCUCUGCCUCUCUCAAAGCACAGCAGCAUAAUGGUGGUUCAUGCAACUCAAAGGUAUGCAGUGGUGACAGGAGCCAACAAGGGGAUUGGAUUGGAGACGGUGAGGCAGCUAGCAGCAGUAGCAGGGGUGACUGUUGUUUUAACAGCCAGGGAUGUGAAGAGAGGAACUGAUGCUGUGGCUUCAUUGGCUUUGCCUAAUGUUGUUUUUCACCAGCUUGAUGUUCAAGAUUCUGACAGCAUCCGCUCUCUGGUCGAUUUCAUCUGUGCCAAAUUUGGAAGGCUUGAUAUUUUGGUAAAUAAUGCAGGCGCUUCUGGAGUGAUUGUUGAUGAAGAUAGCCUAAGAGCGAUGAAAAUAGAUCCUGCAACUUGGCUCUCAGGCCAAGCGAUGAACAUGAUUCAAGGUGUGAUCAAAACAAGCUAUGAUAAGGCAAGAGAAUGCCUCAACACUAACUAUUAUGGGGUAAAGAGAGUUACAGAAGGACUUCUGCCACUGCUAAAGCUUUCCACUUAUGGAGCAAGGAUAGUUAACGUUUCUUCCCUCCGGGGUGAAUUAUGGAGGAUCCCGAAUGAGCAAAUAAGAAAGGAACUUGGUGACAUUGAAACUCUAACUGAACAAAAAAUUGAUGGGAUAGUAGAUAAGUUUUUCCAUGAUCUGAAAAAUGACAUGCUUGAAGUGAAUGGAUGGUCUAUGAUGUUGCCAGCUUACAGCAUUUCAAAGGCUACUCUCAACGCGUAUACAAGAGUUCUUGCAAAGAACUAUCCUAACAUGUGCAUCAAUUGUGUACACCCAGGUUAUGUUGAUACAGACAUAAAUUGGCACACUGGAACAUUGUCAGUAGAGGAAGGUGCUAAAGGUUCGGUUUUGCUGGCUCUUCUACCUGCUGGAUCCCCAACUGGUCGUUAUUUUGAUCAAACUGAAGUUGCUAAGUUUUAGUUCCUCUUCUUGUUAUGGACCAGUUUUCCAGAUUCGUCAUAGAUAAAUAGAUGCUUUUUCUCAACUCCGGUUGUGAUCAAGCAAUUGUGGUAUGUCUGGAAAUGGAACAGUAUGGAUCUGGUGUUGUUAUUGUAUUGAUGAACCUAUGAUUAAAUGAAACUAAAUCACAUUAGAAUGCA